AACGAGAAAAAUUUCAUUGUUAAAAAUCGUAUAAUUGUAUGAAAUGUCAAAUACCUUGCUUACAAAGCCACUUUCAGUCAGCGAUUUGCUGCCUCCCAAUUACGUUCGCGAUGAAGAAAGCUUUCAUUUCGCGAUUCCUUGGGUCAGACCGGCUUGGCUCAAGAACGAGAGCAUCAAAAGUUUAGACAAGAAAUUUCCCAUGGCUCCAGGAGCCGAGGGAUCUAUCGUGUUUUACACGACGCCACUGGGGAAAAAGCUUCAUCACUUGCCUAAGAAUCGCGACUUCGACCUCAAGGAUCCUCUUCGUCCCAGUUUAUCCUACAACUGUCUCCACGAUGAACAUUUGCGGGUCUUCUUCAAAGAGAAUGACAUGCACAGACGUCUACAUGAAGAAGGUUUACUAACAGACCACGGUUACGUGAAAUGCACGCUGAAGGAGUUUAACGAGUACAGGCAAUGGAUUAGGAAAAUUAAGUUGGACGAGCUUCACCGCGAGAUGAGACUGGAUCAACAGAAGAUGGAACAAGCGAAGAAUGAGAGGUUGCAAAAAAUCGCCAUGGAACGAGAUGCUGAACUAUUAGAGCUCAUGAAGUGGAGAAGAGAGAAACGAUGCGAAGAGGCGAAACUCACUCAAGAACGUAUGGAAAAAGAGAGAGCUCGUCUGAAGAAGUUGGACGAAAUCGAUCGUCAAAGACGCGAGAAAAUCUUGGCCGAGCGCCUGAAGACACGUGAUCUUUUAAAGAUUAAAAGAGGUCUGGAACGAGAGCGCGUGAAAAAAAAGAAAUGCGCGCAAGAAGAGAGGGAAAGCGAAUUUCGACUUAGCAUGAUGAAGAAGAUGGAUAUGGAAAUCGAGAGAAAGUUGAAAUGUCUCGAAGAAAGGAAAAAAGCAGCAAGGGAUCUCAAAAUGACUAAACUUAAGGAACAAUGGAUGAGACGUGAGAGUUGGUCUGUAAAGCAUCAUGAAAAGGAAAAGAGAAGAAAGGAAGUGGAAGCUCAGGAAUUUCAACAACUUGUCGAAGAGAGGAAAGCCAAAGUAGCCCGACAGCGUCGUUGGAGUGAAGUUUGCUACAAUGACAUUGUUAAAGAGAACCGCAAGGUGUUCGAGAAACAGUUGAGGGAUGCCGAAGUGCUUUUGAGCAAACUGAGCGAGAAGAAGGCGGAGGAACUGAACGAGUGGAGGAAAAAGUUCAACGCAGUGAAAAGGUCUUCCGUUUUGAGCACUAGGUCUAACAGCUCCUUUCAGUUAGAGAAUUCAAAGAAAGGCAACAGACGAAUAAGUUCCUGGAACCUUGAGUUGAGCCUUCUCAAGGAACUUGGCAUGAAUGAGCAAGAAAUCAAGGAAAAUAUGUAUCGUUCAGCCGGGAUUAUUUCGCGCGGUAACGAAAAAACAGGGAACCUGGUACCCAGUGCGAAGUUUCCCUUUUUUCCGAUUCCUACGAUUCGCGAAAGCCUGGCGUCCUUAAGGGACUGGUCUUCAGCAAGUAGCGAAUCAGGCAGUGACUAUCCACCUACACCACCUCCACAAAUAACCCACAUGAAAAGAGAUCAUCACUUGGAGCCGAUCACCGCUGGUUACAUGGCGGUGCUCGAUGAUCACGGGGCAAAGCCCAACGGACAUAUCAAAGAACAAGAUUUGAAAGGCCUUGUAUCGGAUUAUGUUAGAGGAAUACUAAAUCGUUCGGCUGACGUACUUAACGUGAACUUGGUGGUACCGCCGCCAACUCCAAGGGAUGAAAGGGAAGCGUUGAUGGACAACUCAAGGACGCCUAAUCUUCAGAAUAGAGAGGGAGCUGGGGGAAGUUUACAAGAAAAGGUUCGCGAAUACAUCUGGAGUAUCUUGGACCGAAUCGAAAGCAAAAUGCAAGUGGUCAUUAAACGUCCAGAAAACUAUCUUCGAGGAGUAGAAAAGACCGCGAGGGAAUUGCCGCAUGAAGUAUUGCCAGUCGAACUCAUCGACAGCCAACUGCAUUAUCGCAAUAAACGAAAUGUUAUACGGAUGUACUGUUGCAAGGUCGUAGAAGAUGCGGCUCAAAAAUGUGAGGUGAACGCCACUUUCCCCCCGCAGUAUCGCUCAUUCAGUGAUAGACUUGAAAGACCUCGGAAGAAAUACCCUUCGAGAAAAAACGUCCCCGCCAAAAAUCGAGACGAGGUUGUCUUCAGAGCAAUAGCCGGCGGUACCAAGGUACUCGAGUUAGCGGAGAGACGAACAAGCUGUGAGUCUUUAGCAAGCGAAGUGGAAUGUUUGGACUCGGCCGUUAGCUAUAUUUCAAAUAAACACAAGAGAACACGUGGUCAACGAUUGUUCAACGAAAACAUCCUUAUGUUGGCGGCAAGAGCUGUAGUUGAAGCUAUGAGCGACGCAGUUACGACUGUGCUAGCUCAUAAGCGAAACUCGGAUUUUUUCCAGACUGGCUUGCCCAAUGUGUAUAUGAAAGACGUCCACGAACCCGCUAUAAGAGAGCAAGCUGUCAUUUUGAAAGAGCAACGGACGAAAGAGAGACAGCAGUUGUCGAGUAGUCAGCCUGCUGUGCCUCGCGAAGUUGAUUUUUUGAGUAACGUCACAAAACGCAUUGUGACCGAUAGUUUCAAUGACGUUCCUGCAAACGGUGGAGAGAUUGCCGACUGUCAAACACUUCACGUUGAACGCGCAGGGACUGGUGUCGAGCCUGAAAAAUCGGGAAAAACGUAUAUGGGGUCUGGGGUGAAGUGCGCUCGAGAUGAGAAGGGAUCCAUUGACGAGGAAACCGAUGAUGUUUGUGAGGAGACUGGAGAGCAGUCGGAAGGUGUGAGAAACGUUGACGAACACUCUACCAUUUGGUCAAGAGUUGCCGAGUCAAGUUCGGAUCAACAUAAUAGCAACGGCAACGAUGUAAAGUCGAAAGCAUUCUGUGUAGAUCAAGGAAAUGAUAAGGCAACAGAUAAUGAAACCGGAGUAAUAUCGUCUAUAAGACCUUUAUCGCAGUCGCCUUCGUCACUUGUGAUUCGUAAAAUUUCUGCACGCGAGACAAGUGCAGCUUGUGAACUCUCCCCUACAUCAUCUUCAUACAUCAUACUGCCUACGUUGUCUCUCUCUGAAGACGCCUUGAUCAACGCACGGAUGACGCAAUUUCAUGACGAUGACAUCAAAGAGUCGAAAAGCGCCGAGCCCAGUUUACCGGUGCUUGAUCCUCUCUCUCCUAAAGAGAUGCACGUGACGAGGGCUGCCGCUUCUCAGAAAAGCAAUGAGUCCGCACCUGUUAAACUACCAACUGUCACAUCUGUGGAAUUGUGUCUAUCGAGGUCGCCAUCACCGGUCAGGUCUUUGUCGAGGUUGUCGCAGAAAGAGUUUUUGCCACUGAUCAACGGCUCAAGUGCGUCUUUUGUUGGUCACAACGAAGCGAAACAAAAUGCGCAUGAAAUGGACGAUCCGUGCGCGUUGGACGCAUCCAAAAACAUGACAAAAGACGCGAAAGAAAAGAAAACGACGACCGGGGAACGAAAGAUGAUCUCCGACUCAAGAAACUCCAAUUUAAACUUACUAAGUGGAGAGGAGAAAAAAUCCACUUCUUCGAUUGUUCCAGCAAAGACCUCGAGCAGUGCAGACACAAUGAAGACUUCACACGGUAGAAAUGGUGAAAAAACCUCCGGUUGUGCCGAGAUAACAACGUCAGCUCAUGUUACUAACGCAACAAAAAUCUCCCACAGUGCCGAAGAAGUUGAAACCGUUCACAACGGGGAAGCCACGAAAACUUCCCGUAAUGUUGAUGCUAUGAGGACUGGUCAUAGUGCUAACGAGUUGACGAUCUAUGAUGAUGCUAACGCAGCAGAGAUGUUGCACAGUUCUAAAGCCGUGGAGACCGUUGACAGUGGUGACGCUACAGAAACUUCCCAUGAUGCUAACGCAGCCGAGAUGUCGCACAGUUCUAAAGCCGGGGAGACCUUUGACAGUGGUGACGCUACAGAAACUUCCCAUAGUGUUGAUGCUAUGAUGGCAGAUCAUGUUGCUGACGAGGCAAAGGUCUCUCAUGAUCCUAUCGCAGCAAAGACCUCUCACAGUGCUGAAGCAGUUGAGAUCGCUCAUGAUGGUGACGUCACGAAAACCUCCCAUAGUGCUGAUAAUAUGAGGAGCGACCAUAGUGCGAACGAGGCAAAUAUCACUCAAGAUGCUAAUGCAACGAAAACUUCCCAUAGUGCUGACCUAGAAGAGCCCUCCAGUGAGGUUGAAGCAGUGGAGACCGUAGACAACAGCGAAGCUACGAAAACCUCCGACAGUGAUGAUAAUAUGAAGACCGAGCAUAGUGCUGACAAGGCACAUGUCACUCAUGAUGUUAUCUCCAAUAAAGGUGAAACAACAGAAACCGUUCUUAGUGGUGAUGCUGCUAAAACAUCCCAAAGUACUAUAACCGAAGAUGCUGACGCUACGACGAUCCAUCAUGGUGCUGAAGCAAAGGAAACGUUUCAUGGUUCUGGUGAUCAAAAAACUUCAUAUAAUACUGACGAGACGAAGACAUCUCGCGAAACUCAUGUUACGGAAGCUUCCCAUAGCGAUGACCCAACGAAGACUUUUUCAAGCCCUGACGUUACAAAAACAUCCCAAACUGUCGUUUGUGCUAAAGACAAGAAGGACACUCACAGCGCCGAUUCAAGAAAGACUUCGCCCAGCGUUGAUUCAAGAAAGACUUCGCCCAGCGUUGAUUCAGGAAAGACUUCGCCCAGUGUUGAUUCAAGGAGGACUUCGCCCAGCAUUGAUUCAAGAAAGACUUCGCCCAGCGUUGAUUCAAGAAAGACUUCGCCCAGCGUUGAUUCAAGAAAGAUUUCGCCCGGUGCUGACUCAACAAAGCCCUCCCAAAGGACGGACGAAACCAAAACUGGCCAUGUUGUUGAUGGGACGAAGAACAACCAUGGCGGCGACGUAGCACGUUCGGCAAAAAAAUUAUUGGAUAAAUCAUCUAGCAAAAAGAAUUCACUUGUCGUUGCCAAAAGUGGGAGAUUUUCAAAAUCAAGGUCAACGGGCGAAGCAGUGGUUGCUGCCUCGAGACGGAAUACACUUGCUAAAGGUAGAAAGAAUUCCGUGUCGUCAGAGGGGAACUUAUUAACGACUAAAACGAACGAGUCAUCCAAACAAUCGAACACCGAUAAGAAAGUCACAAAUAAAAAAACAACGAUCAAAAACACUUCAAAUAAGAAAAUCUCGCCAAAUCACGAGGACCCAAACGUUCAAAAGAAUUUUGGGACAUGGAACAAUCUGACAUCUGAAGUUUCGUCACUUCCUGGUCACGACAAGCCUGAAGAAAAUCUGAAGACUUCAAAGAAAUCUCGCGUGAAAGACUCUCAAGAGUCUCAGGAGACGUCCACGCAAAUGUUCGAAGAGAAGGCGUUAGAUGAGAGUGACUCCAGAUCUUCUGUGUCCGGGAAUGCAACCGGUCGCGAUGAUAGAAAAGAAAGUGUCGUUACAGCUGAGCGAUCUUCGCGCGAAAGAUCUACCUCGAAAGGUGCAAGAAAUAGCGAUGUCAUGACGAAGAGCACUACUGAGAAAAGAAAAAUUGUAGCAAAAGUUCCGUCGAAUACUUCCUCCAGAGAUUCUGUAGCACAAGUCACCCAAAGGAGUGAGCAGAGUUCGAAACGGAGGUCGCUUGUCGGGGAUCCAUUGGCGUCUCCCAAUAUUCAAGAUCUGUUAAGAGAUCAUAGUUUGAGAGAAAACAACAACUUGUCGAGCUCUUCUCCACUCGAGAAUACAGGGAGUGAUGCGGAUUUCUACAUAAAGAUGCAGGAAGAGCUAAAACAGUACGAUAGAAGAUUGAAAGAUGACUUAUUUAACGAUAUCAACUUGGAGGGAGCUUCGCCAAACACCACGAAGAGGACGCUGAAUACUAGCAUUGUAAACAAAUCAAACAACGCCAAAACUCCGAAAGAGAGUGCUCGAACAAAAAUAUGGCGGACGACUCAAUCAUAAAGAUGCAGGAAGAGCUAAAACAGUACGAUAGAAGAUUGAAAGAUGACUUAUGAU